CCAAGCAUUUCGCUAGCCCCAGAGCAAUUAGCGUUUUCCUUACGUCUGCUUGCGCCAGCAGCCUGCUCCAAGAGUACGAUUGGCCUACCGCAUUCAGCCGAGUAGCUGCUUUCGUUGGUCGGGCAAUGACUUGCGCCGGGGCGGCAGCCUCGCCUUCCUUAUGGCGGCUGUGCACGAGUGCCCAGUGGCCCCUGUCAGCUUAUGGAAAAAAAAUCGGCCUCAGAUUUUGCAGUUCAGGAAUGACCUUAGACAACAUCAAUUGGGCAGCCAUGGAUCGAAUAAUCCGGGUGGAUCAUGCAGGUGAAUAUGGAGCAAAUCGAAUCCUUGCAGGGCAGAUGGCUGUCCUGGGCCGGACAAGUGUUGGACCGGUCAUUCAGAAAAUGUGGGAUCAAGAAAAGGCCCACUUGAAAAAGUUCAGUGAGCUGAUGGUUGCAUUCAGGGUCCGGCCAACAGUCCUGAUGCCUCUUUGGAAUGUCACGGGCUUUGCGCUGGGAGCAGGAACCGCCUUGCUCGGGAAGGAAGGUGCAAUGGCCUGCACUGUGGCAGUGGAAGAGACCAUAGCCCAUCACUAUAACAACCAGAUCAGGACGCUGAUGGAGGAGGACCCUGAGAAAUAUGAGGAACUUCUGCAGCUGAUAAAGAAGUUUCGAGAUGAAGAGCUUGAGCACCAUGACACAGGCCUUUCCCAUGAUGCGGAAUUGGUAGGGACCUGCUAUGACGCGUGGUACUUGGGGAUCCUUAUUUGGUGCGUUUGGGGGCCAAACGUAAAAUUUCCCACAAACAUAAAUUGUCAAGCGAUAGACAGAAGCAAGCAAACUGGCCACAUGGUGCAAAGCAGACCAGGCCCCAGCGUAUGCCAUCUUGAAGAGUGUUAUCCAGGCCGGAUGCCGCGCUGCAAUAUAUUUAUCGGAAAGACUGUGAAGUAUGUUUCCCUGCCCUUGUCUGUGAAAGAUGGUAGUUAACAAGUGACAUUUACAGAGAAGGAAUUGUACAGUUAUUACUGUGUGCAUUUUGUUAAUUAAUUACAGGAGUAUUUUUUUCAUUAAUAAAACUUCAGUGUUGGU